UUACACAUAGAAGCCAACAGAUCUCUGGUCUUUCUCCUCUGUCUACACUGUGAGCGCCGCCGCCCGCCAUUUCUGUCUUUCUCUUCUGUCUGUCUACACUGUGAGCGCCGCCGCUCGCCGGCCAUAUCUGUUUGCUGCAUUACAAAGAACCAUUUCAACUUGACCUAUAUUCUUGCAUUUUUUCCGUUUUCAGAUUUCUGACACUACCUUUGGACGCUUGUAUCGGCGGAGAAAGUUAAACAAUCAACUUUCUCUGAUUCUGGAGAAAUUAAUUUCCCUCAUUUGCCUGGAUCUCUUUAUUUUUUGGGAUAUUCAUUGAACAUGGCGGCCUCACUGCAUGUAAGUGGAUUCAAAACGCCAUACCCAGCUGGAACUUCAUGUCUACGGCCUGUUUGGUCGUAUCCACGGCCCAAUUUUUCUGUAUCUGCGGCUCCUGCUUAUGAAUUAUGUACUUCACUGAAGGGUUCAUGUCGGGAACAAGCCCUGCGAGUUAGUUGUGAGGCUGGGAAGGUUGAUGUACUUGAAAGGCAUGGUACUGAGAACCAAGGUUCUGAAGAAAUUGCUAACGAAUUGACGUGUGUAAUGAAGUUUGGGGGUUCAUCCGUUGCCUCAGCAGAUAGAAUGAGAGAGGUAGCUGACCUCAUUCUUAGCUUUCCAGAAGAAAGGCCUGUCAUAGUUCUUUCUGCAAUGGGGAAAACAACCAACAAGCUCUUGAUGGCUGGAGAAAAGGCUGUCAGCUGCGGUGUGUCAAAUGUUUCUGAUCUGGAAGAGUUGGCUUUUGUCAAAGAUUUGCAUUUGAGGACGGUGGAUGAGCUUGGAGUAGAAAGAUCUACAAUUUCAAAACACCUAUUUGAGUUGGAGCAACUUCUGAAUGGUAUUGCUAUGAUGAAAGAGCUCACUCCAAGAACAAAAGACUACUUAGUCUCUUUUGGAGAAUGCAUGUCCACACGAAUUUUUUCUGCCUAUUUGAAUAAGAUUGGUGUCAAAUCUCGCCAAUAUGAUGCCUUUGAUAUUGGAUUUAUAACAACCGAUGAAUUUACAAAUGCCGAUAUUUUAGAAGCAACUUAUCCGGCUGUUGCAAAGAGAUUGCACGGCGAUUGGGUUAAGGAUCCUGCAAUUCCUGUAGUGACUGGCUUCCUUGGAAAGGGUUGGAGAACUUGUGCAGUGACUACAUUGGGUAGGGGUGGUAGUGAUUUGACUGCAACAACUAUUGGUAAAGCAUUGGGCUUGGGAGAAAUUCAGGUUUGGAAAGAUGUCGAUGGUGUUUUGACAUGUGACCCCAACAUUUAUCCACAAGCAGAGCCAGUGCCAUAUUUAACCUUUGAUGAGGCAGCUGAACUUGCUUACUUUGGCGCUCAGGUCCUCCAUCCACAGUCCAUGAGGCCAGCUAGGGAGGGUGAUAUUCCUGUGCGAGUUAAGAACUCGUACAAUCCAAAAGCUCCAGGAACCCUGAUUACUCGAGCAAGAGAUAUGAGUCAGGCGGUACUUACUAGCAUUGUCUUGAAACGGAAUGUAACAAUGUUGGAUAUUGUCAGCACCCGAAUGCUUGGUCAAUUUGGGUUUCUUGCGAAGGUGUUUUCAAUCUUUGAAGAAUUAGGAAUAUCUGUGGAUGUUGUUGCAACUAGUGAAGUUAGUAUUUCCUUGACGUUGGAUCCUUCCAAGCUUUGGAGCAGAGAAUUGAUCCAGCAGGCAAGCGAACUAGAUCAUGUUGUGGAAGAACUCGAAAAAAUUGCAGUUGUGAAUCUUCUACAGCACCGAUCAAUCAUCUCUCUCAUAGGAAAUGUUCAGAGGUCAUCGCUAAUAGUAGAAAAGGCAUUCCAUGUGCUUCGUACGAAUGGAGUCAAUGUUCAGAUGAUCUCUCAAGGUGCUUCAAAAGUCAACAUUUCAUUGAUAGUAAAUGACAGCGAAGCCGAACAAUGUGUUAGGGCUCUUCACUCUUCUUUCUUUGAGAGUGAUAUAUCGGAGCUCGUAUCGGGAAAUGGUUCGAUCGACGGUUGGAAACCAACAUAAAUUUUGUCACGACAGUCGCUUUCUGAUUCAUAUUUAAAACACGUCUCUCUCAAGUAGUAGAUUUUCUUGUUUUCAGCAGAGUUGAACCCUAGCGAUGCGGUGCAUUAUUGUUUACCUUGUGCAACUGCAAUAUACAAUGAUCCAAAUAUUAACUUUUGAGGAUUAUUCAUAAUCUAAUGUUGUUAUUUUUUAUUUUUAUUUUUGAUAA